GGCGGCAGCUGUGGCGGCGGCGGCGACACCCCCCCUCGCCCGCCAGGGAGCCCCCUGCUCCGGCCAUGUGAAGGGAGCCGGCGCGGAGCCCCCGUCCGCCGCCGCUGCCCCGGCCAAGAUGCUCAGCCGGCUGAUGAGCGGCAGCAGCAGGAGCCUCGACCGCGACUACAGCUGCACCGUCCGCCUCCUCGACGACAACGAGUACUCGUGCACCAUCCAGAGAGAUGCCAAAGGCCAGUUCCUCUUUGACCUGCUGUGCCAUCACUUAAACCUCCUGGAGAAGGAUUACUUUGGGAUCCGCUUUGUUGACCCCGACAAGCAGAGGCACUGGCUGGAAUUCACAAAGUCUAUUGUGAAGCAAAUGCGAUCUCAGCCCCCAUUCACCAUGUGCUUCCGAGUGAAGUUCUACCCCACCGACCCAGCUGCUCUGAAAGAGGAGAUCACCAGGUAUCUCGUCUUCUUGCAGAUCAAACGAGAUCUGUAUCACGGGCGCCUCCUGUGCAAGACCUCGGACGCUGCUCUGCUGGCCGCCUACAUCCUCCAAGCCGAAAUUGGUGACUAUGACCCUGGAAAACACCCAGAGGGAUACAGUUCCAAGUUCCAGUUUUUCCCCAAACACUCUGAAAAAUUGGAGAGGAAAAUUGCUGAGAUCCAUAAAAUUGAGCUCAGUGGGCAGACCCCCGCGACAGCAGAGCUGAACUUUCUCAGGAAAGCGCAGACCUUGGAGACGUAUGGAGUGGACCCACAUCCCUGCAAGGACGUGUCCGGAAAUGCUGCUUUUCUGGCCUUCACCCCGUUUGGAUUUGUGGUCCUGCAGGGAAACAAGCGAGUUCACUUCAUCAAAUGGAAUGAAGUGGCCAAAAUGAAAUUUGAAGGCAAGACGUUCUAUUUAUAUGUAAGUCAGAAAGAGGAAAAGAAAAUUGUCCUGACCUAUUUUGCUCCGACUCCUGAAGCCUGCAAGCAUCUCUGGAAAUGUGGGAUUGAAAAUCAAGCCUUUUAUAAGUUGGAGAAGUCCAGUCAAGUUCGCACCGUCUCCAGCAGCAACUUAUUUUUCAAAGGGAGCCGCUUCCGAUACAGCGGCCGAGUUGCCAAAGAGGUUAUGGAGUCUAGUGCCAAAAUUAAGAGGGAGCCUCCGGAAAUACACAGGGCUGGACUGGUUCCCAGCCGUAGCUGCCCCUCCAUCCCCCACGGACCCCGGCUCAGCAGUGUUCCCAGGACCAGGAGGAGAGCUGUCCACAUCUCCAUCAUGGAAGGCCUCGAGUCUUUGCGGGACAGCGCUCACUCCACCCCGGUCCGGUCGACCUCCCACAGCGACGCCUUUUUGCUCCACUCGCGGAGCAGCAGGGCGGAGAGUAACGAGCGUGUGGCAAUCAUCUCAGAUGAGGUCUACAGUCCAUCGGACAGCGUGCUGCCCACUCCGGUGGCCGAAGAGAGCCUGGAACUGAUGCUGCUGUCCCGGCCGGUUAAUGGCACCCCUUGCAGCAUAGAGGAAGAGGAGUCGGAAGCCAGCGCUCCAGCGGGGGAGGCAGAGGAGCUGGGAAGGGACCUCCGGGCCUUGUGCAGCAGUGGAGGAGCCCAAGCAGAACAGGUGAAUAAGUUUGUUUUAAGUGUCCUCCGUCUGCUCCUUGUGACAGUCGGACUCCUCUUGGUUUUGCUCCUUCUCCUGAUCAUCCUUACGGAGUCUGACCUUGACAUUGCCUUUUUCCGUGAUAUUCGCCAGACCCCCGAGUUUGAACAAUUCCAUUACCAAUACUUUUGUCCCCUCAGGCGAUGGUUUGCCUGCAAAAUCCGCUCCGUACUCAGCCUGCUCAAUGAUACCUGAAGGCAGUUGUCCUCCUAGUAACUAACCGGGCGGACUGUGGAAGAUCCCUGCUGCCCAUUCCCAGAAAAUGGGGCUCAUCGUGGCGCCAUCAGCACAUAAACUAAGUCCUCCUCCUCUUCCUCCUCUCAUGACUCAAAGCACGUUGCGGCCCAGGAGGGCGGUUUCCCAGCCGAAGAUAAGGACAGACUCUUGCCAGAUCAAACGCACCACGUAAUCAAUUUCUUUGCAGGUCCUCCUGGGGGAAGCUCCUUCAGAGUUCUGCUUUCCAACAUUCAAAUUACUCUGCACUCUUCAAAUUUAGUUUUGCUUUUGUAGAAGUGUUAACUGCAGAAACUUCAAGUAGAGAGAGUUUAUUUUUAUUAUUACUAGCGUUGGACUAAAUGCCAGCCUUCAGCUGGGACACCAGUUUAUGAAGGCAGCUGUUACUUUAUGCAGGAGCUUUUGUAAUGGUGCUACUGAGUUGUAAGUUUAAUAAUAUAGUAUUAUUUUAUUAAAACUGUCACCGUGCAUAGCACUACCAUCUUGGACAUGGACAUUGAAAAUAGGGCAGUUUUAUUUUCUUACCAAUCACCAGGCUUUAUGUGGGGGAGUGAUGGGAGGGGGGGAAUGAUAGGACCAAUGCCAAUAUUGUGAGAUCAUCUAGCAUUAUUCUUUUCAAGCAAUAGAUUGUUACGAGAGGAAGUCAGCAGGCAUAAAUUUAUUUCUUCCCUUAGCAUGGAGUGCAACGGCCAUUAAAUAUCUGUCUUUGGUGAAUUUCAAUCUUUGGCCUUUUCAAUCCCAGAGAGACCUUUUCUUAGAAUAGUUGGGUGCCAAAAAAAAACAGGAGUUGGUGUAGACGGGAAGAGUCAAUCUGUGCACCUGAUUGUUGUUUUUGAAAUCUUGCUGUAGUAGGAAUCAUCAGGUCUGGAUUCUUUGAAUGAGAUUCUGCCACAGUAAACUGUAAAUUUUUUUGUAUUACGAAAGAACUUAUUUCAACCUAUAUUUUAAGAAAAAUAUAUAUUUUGUUAAUGAACCAAACCAUUUUUUACUUUAUAAAUUGGAUAAAUGUAGUGUUGGGUAUCAAGUGACGGAGAUACUCACAAGGUUACAAAUGUUUUAGAACAAUGUGUUAACACUCAAUCAACCAUCCAUCGUUUCUAAAAAGUGGGCUAUUUUGUGCUAUUUUAAAAUGAAAAUUAGGAGAAAUGACAAGUAACCACCAAACCAACAUUGUCUCCAAAGCAAAGGGAAUCCAGACUUCUUUGUAUUUUGUUUUGUGAUUCAGAGAACAUUCUCUAAAAGCAGCAGCUCAUUUGUACAGGGAGCAAUAAAACAUGGGAAGAGAGUAAGAGCACGAAAUCUGACUGGCAAGGGUCCUAUUUCAUCUCAGGGAGAGAUUUCAAGUCAUUCGGGGAUCUAAUCAGAAAUAUUUCAAGAGGCCGGUUUCAUGAUCUUGACUCUGCCCGGGCAGCCAUACGUAUGCGCACAGGCCCUCCGAAUUCAGCAGAACCGAAACACUGCCAGAACCAAUGGGAAGGAGCUGUGGAGUUGGGACUUUGCGCAAUGACUUUUCCUCCACAGCUGGUCAUUCGCCAGUCAAAACAGAGCACAAUUAACAGCAUUAGCAAUACGUGGGAAUGGGCAAGACUCUGCUGCACUUAGACGGGGCGCAUGCACAUUGGCUAGUGAAGAUGCCGGUUAACGGAGGGCCUCCCCUCAGAGUCAGAUAGCUGAAUCGUAUAGCUAGCCUCUCAGGAGCCAGAAGCAAUUGUGGCUUUCACAAGAGGAACGGAUGCAUUACACUUUGUACUGUCUACAAGAAGAUGGAGGGACCUAUCCAAGGAUUUAUAAUGUUUUAUGCAACAAAGCAACAAAAACUUCUAGUGUGGUGUUCCUACCUCAGUCUGUAGUAAAUGAUGCUUCUAUGCAGUGAGGGAAAAGUUUUCAUGUCGUAUUCUCCAUUCCAGGGGAAGAUACAAAUGUUCAUGUGUUAAUUGUUGGUGGUGUCUCAAACCUGUCCAAUUCUACCUGUAACUAUUUCAUGCAAUACAUUUUUUAAAUAGACAAGAUGCAAACUUUGAUGGGGGCAAGUCAUUCUUAGAUAGCUGUUGACCCUAAAUCCUGGGCCCAAUUAAGGACACUUUCUCUUGUGCCCUUCAGAAUGCGUUGGGGGACUGAGCUCUGUUUCUGCCAAUCCAACCCUUCAGCCUUCUGUUUCAUGGCUCACUGCUCAUUUGUUCCAAAUCACAACUGUAUGACUUGGGGGAUUUCCACAGGUUGCUCAUCUGAAUGAGGACUAAAGUGCUGCACACCGAAGCAGGAAAAGGUCGAUCAUCUGAAAAUGUGAUUUUUCAUUUUCAUAAUAUAGAUGUUGUUAAUUCAUGUGCCAAAUACUAUAUGUCACAUUUUUUCUUCAAAGAUGUAAAUUUUUCUACAUAUUCAGCCUGUAGUUAGUGCAAACCAUUGAUUCCAUAUCAAAGUAUUUUCAAAUUUAAAUAAAUACUUAAUUAUGAUGGAAAAAAA